AAAAUGUGAUGGAAGUCCCAAAUACCCAUUAAUUAAAUCCCCUGAAAUACUAUCACUUCCAUAGGCAACAGGGGAUGCCUAUGGAAGGCAACGAUUAAGGAGAAAGGGGAUGUCAUCUUGGGCAACGCGAGAUGGGGAUUUCCGUCACCGAUUCGGCAACAGGGGAUGUCAUCUUGGGCGACGCGAGAUGGGGAUUCAGACAUCCCGAUGAGUGUUGGAUCCGGAAACGCGGCGGAUUUGAGCGCGAUUACAAGGCUCGACGGCCAUGGCAACCCGACUUCGGCGGCAAGGCUUGCUCUGGUAGAAGAUGGAUUGGCUACAGGGAUGCAACUGUUGGAGCGGGCGAUUGGAGUUCACGACCAGACCGAGUCCAGCGUUUUCAAUUCUGGAAAUCAGACCCAAGGAAAUCACGGCCAGAUCGAGGAUUGCAGCAGUUUAGCAGGUUUUCCAUCCCUGGACAGGGGAGAUAUGGUGUUUCGUUUUGUAUGAUGAUAAUUCUUUUGGGGGUUUGUCCGAAUAGUUGAGAAAGGAGGUGAUUCUUUAUUUAUUCCUGAGGGGUGGAAUGGCUAUGGGAUCAAUUUUUUUCUUAGAGGGAUUACUCGAGCUAUUAUGUUAAUGAAUGCAACGGGUUCCAAAAGUGGCAACUGAGGAAGAUGAAGUCCUCUUAAUUACAACGGGUUCUAAGAGUAAUUUAGACCUUCUCCCUUUUAAUGAGGAUUAUGCGCACACAGGUGAAACUACGAUUUCCAGUGUAUUACUCCAGGCCGAUAUUGAGCAUCUUGAUUCAUUUGAUCAGUCUUUGGGUAUGGUUUCAAUUGAUGAUGUUCACAUUAUUGAACAAAAACAUGAGUCUGAUGAAUUCGCAAAUCUUAAAGAUUGACACAUGGGGUGAAUUCUCUUUCUGAGUUUCUACUUCAUGAAUUUUAGAGGGUCCUUGCCUCUUCUUUAGGUAAUCUGACUAUGACACCCACAAAUGAAGGUGAUUCGAAUAAGACAGGAGUUUUAGAGUCGGGUGACAGGAGUAUUAGGAGUAGACAUGCUCAUUCUAGAUGGGAUUUUCCAGAUCUUACAGCUCCUCUUGCUUGUGAGGGAUGUUAUGAUAUUCCGGACUUUACAUCUUUGGGGGAUGAAUUUAUUGGACACGUCUCAAAAAACAAAAAGAGGGUUCCCAUCUCAACGGAAGAUGACCUUUGGGACUCAUAUACUAAUGAUGUUAUUUGCAAAAAUGCUUUGUUGGUCACACGAGAAAACUGUUUGCCUACUCAAAAUAUGAACACACAAAAGGGAAUAUACAAAAAGAAGAAUUAACGAUCACACCUUAUGAGAACUAGGUCUCAGACAUCAGUGGAGCUUUGAAGAUUUGAUUGAAGAAUUAAUUGAGGGCCGAAGUUUCUAUUUGGGGAGGUUUUAUCGUUAUUCUUUGGGUUGGCUUUUAGCUAUUAGUUUGUCUUUUCUUUUAUUUCCAUUUUGCAUUUUUUAUUUUUCUCUUUUCUUUCUUUACUUGUGAUUCUUUUUAAUAAAGCUCUAUUUAUUAUUAAAAAAAGAAAAAAAAUACUAUAACUUCCAUAGGCAUCCUAAGUUAAGGAUGGACCCGGGCAGUA